UCCGGCUCCUUCUUCCUCCGCAUGUGGCUGGUGGCGGCGGAGCUCUUGAGUCGUGCAGUGUUCCCCGCCGCCUCUCCUUCGGGCUCUCCGCGCCUCGCUGGAGCCAUGUCGGUCUCCGAGACCAACCCGGAGGCAUCUUCCCUGCCCAACGGCGACUGCGGCCGCCCCAGGGCACCGCCGGGAGGGAACCGGGUGACGGUAGUGCUGGGCGCGCAGUGGGGCGACGAAGGCAAAGGGAAGGUGGUGGAUCUGCUGGCGCAGGACGCCGACAUCGUGUGCCGCUGCCAGGGCGGAAAUAAUGCUGGCCAUACAGUUGUUGUAGAUUCUGUGGAAUAUGAUUUUCAUCUUCUACCCAGUGGAAUAAUUAAUCCAAAUGUUACUGCAUUCAUUGGAAAUGGUGUGGUAAUUCACCUACCUGGAUUGUUUGAAGAAGCAGAAAAAAAUGUUCAAAAAGGAAAAGGUCUAGAAGGCUGGGAAAAAAGGCUUAUCAUAUCUGACAGAGCUCACAUUGUAUUUGAUUUUCAUCAAGCAGCUGAUGGUAUCCAAGAACAACAGAGACAAGAACAAGCAGGAAAAAACUUGGGUACCACAAAAAAGGGUAUUGGCCCAGUUUAUUCUUCCAAAGCUGCUCGAAGUGGACUUCGGAUGUGUGAUCUUGUUUCUGACUUUGAUGGCUUCUCUGAGAGGUUCAAAGUUCUAGCUAAGCAGUACAAAUCUAUAUACCCUACUUUGGAAAUAGACAUUGAAGGUGAAUUACAAAAACUCAAGGGUUAUAUGGAAAGGAUUAAGCCAAUGGUGAGAGAUGGAGUUUAUUUCCUAUAUGAGGCUCUACAUGGACCACCAAAGAAAAUCUUGGUAGAAGGUGCAAAUGCAGCAUUAUUAGAUAUUGAUUUUGGGACUUACCCUUUUGUAACCUCUUCGAACUGUACUGUUGGGGGUGUCUGUACAGGUUUGGGUAUGCCCCCUCAAAAUGUUGGAGAAGUAUAUGGAGUUGUGAAAGCGUAUACUACUAGAGUUGGUAUUGGUGCCUUUCCCACAGAGCAAGACAAUGAAAUUGGAGAAUUAUUACAAACAAGGGGUAGAGAAUAUGGUGUAACUACUGGAAGGAAAAGGAGAUGUGGCUGGCUGGAUCUUGUUUUACUCCGAUAUGCUCAUAUGAUUAAUGGAUUUACUGCGUUGGCGCUUACCAAGCUGGAUAUUUUGGACAUGUUUACAGAAAUCAAAGUUGGUGUUGCCUACAAGUUAGAUGGUGAAAUCAUACCUCAUUUCCCAGCAAACCAAGAAGUCUUAAAUAAAGUUGAAGUUCAAUAUAAGACACUCGCAGGAUGGAACACAGACAUAUCAAAUGCAAGGACGUUUAAAGAGCUGCCUGUUAAUGCACAAAAUUAUGUUCGAUUCAUUGAAGAUGAACUUCAAAUUCCAGUUAAAUGGAUUGGUGUAGGUAAAUCCAGAGAAUCCAUGAUUCAGCUCUUUUAAGGAUUACCAGUAAGACAAGAAACACUCCAUGGGAGGGAGGGAAAAGACUUUCUUAAAUAUUUCUUUAUGACCUGCAAGUUCAGAAAUAAAGACAGUGAGUUGUGUGCAAGCCCUGCAGGUGUUCCAGGUGUGAGCUGGAUGGCUGGUGCGGAGGCAGCUCCUCAGCGGGCAUCACCACCCAGUUAGUUCUUGCUCCUGCUACUCAUGGUGCCAUGUUUUCUUUCAGUGUUUAGUGAUAGCUUCAUCUCUGUUGUUUGAAACCUCAAGUAGUUAUUUUUGAUGCAGUUUUUCUUCAUUAUUAUCAUUGUGUGUCUUAGGUUUUACCUCUAUUAGAUGGUAAGAAAACUUAAUGCAGUUUUGCACAAAUAUUUUUACAUUCUGAUCAUUCAAUUUUCAUUGUAAUCUUUGCUGUUAGAAAAAGUGAUGAAAAUAUAGGGGUUCUGUAAACUUAUGUAAUGCUAUAAAUUCUGUUUAAAUUGGGAAUUGUUUAUUUUCUGCUAAGACCAUUGAAAAAUUGAGCUUUGGCCGGGGGAGGGGAUAUACUCAUGGGUCCUUUGAUUUUACAGAACACAGAACUUAGUCUGUCUAUAAAUUAUUUAAUACAUUAAACAUUUAAUUAAAUGUUCAAAAAGAAAAGAUGGUCCCCUAAAUAACCUUAAUGUUUAAAAAAAUUAGUCAUUAAAAGAUCUAUUGUGAUAUUUGGUGGAUAUUUUUCUUUAGUUUCAGACAUGAAUUGCAAUGUAUAUCAUUCCUUUUUAAAAUUUGUAUUAUGCCAUUAUUUCUAAGUCUAAUGGAUUUUUCCGUACUGUGCCUGCCUGCCAGUAUACCUACAAAAUCACUUGUAAGUGUCCAGUGAACUUACAUUGCUGGCCAUAAUUUUGAUCAUGCCUUCUUUUCUCCUUUCUUGAGCAAAAAAAGGUGUUAUUUUGACAGUUAGGCUUAACAUAUUAUGUUGUAGAUUAUUCAUUGAACUAUUAUAUGUUUAGGUGCCACUUAAAUUUAUUUUAUUAUACCAUCAAUAGCUGAUUAAAAAGAACCAAAUAUUUCUAGUAUGCUUUGUGUAUUGCUUUUUUUCUGGUAAUAAUACUACUAGUAUGUAGGAAGGAACUUUGCCCUGCAGUAUGUGGGGGUAAUGUAGAGAGAGAUAAAAAUAGAUUCUCUGGAAGGAUCUAAGUAUUUUUUAUCUUCACUAUCUGUAUUUUUUAUAAAAUUCUAAAAUAGGAGCACACUCACGGACUUAAUAUAUAAAGAACAGUACAGAUAAUCCUAUAAACCCACUGUAGAUCUAUAAUGACGUAUGUAAAAAUAAUAAUGUAUUUAUUUAUUCUAGUAGAUUGAAUGAGAUUUUAAAGUCUACAUUCUUAUCUUGGCUAUAUGAACUAUUAUUAAAAUUGUUUUAAAAAGUGAA